GACUUGUAGUUACUAGUUAGCCUGCGUGUAGACAUUCCAAAUUGAAAUUGCAAAUUGAAAUCGGCACCGAAAAAAUUUAUUUGGCUGAGCACAUGCACAAGGAGUCAUUCAUAUGUCAGCAUGUCCGACUACGAAGAAUAUGAAUACGAUGAGAAUGUUGCUCGCAAUAUUAGCCCGGAAAGACAAAGCUCUCACGAAGGCAGUAAUGUUUCUUCUACAUUGGAGUCAAAUCAUGCAAGUGAUGAUGAAGAGAACAGCCAUAGUACUGUACAUAGGAAGAAAAGUGAUCAAGCUGGAUUUCAUAGUGGAAAGACUCGUGAUUAAGAUAAAGAUGUUGAGGUUGAAGGCAGCUGCUGGUAUAACCGUUGCUGCUUUUCCUUCUUUACUUUUGACCCAGAGCUUAUGGAAUCAAAACUGAAAGAUAAUGACAACAUAAGGGGGAAUUGUAAAAAGUGUCUCAAGCCAUGCAGUGGACAGGUUCGAUCAACAACCAACUGGGUGAGGCAUAUCAAGCAGCACCCAGACUUAUAUGAUGAUUAUAAGAAGAAGAAGAAGGAAAGAAAACAAGCUAGAGAUAGUGUGACUGUGUCAUCCAAAACGGUUGCUGCCAGAAACAAAAGAGUAGCUGUUCGUCAAUCUCUCCUGAAUUUUUCGUCAUCCAAGGCCCCAUCAAAGCUAUCUAAAUUGGAACAGAGCAAAAUUGAUGCUGUUAUUGUGAACCUCAUAAUAACGAAAGCCUUUCCACUUAACACCAUUAAAUGGUCCUUCGAACUUACUCUAUUUUCAGUGGCAGAACACCAGAAAAACGUGUUUAAUUAUUUUCAGUCCUUGCUGGACUCCGAAGUGCGUAGCUACACCUUGUGGAAAGAGUUAGAAAACACUAUUCCCAAGGGAGUGUUCAGACGGUUAAGACUGCCGGAACCAUUUCCAGAGCAGAAGAAAGUCGAGAACAAACGACCAAAGCCGUAUGCCAGACCGGUACCAGAAGCACAGAAGGGCGUGCCACUACUCAACCUUGAGGAGCAAAAACAACUAGAGGAACUCAACAAGACCAGAGCUACCAACGCCGCAGUGAUCGCAGCAGCCCAAAAAGCAGCCCAGGAGGCAGAAAAUAAAUCAAAAUACAUAUUAGAGGCAUCUCUAAUUCGAAAAGAAAAGGAAAAACUCAGACUUCGAGAAGAGUCAUUACAGAAGACCACGGUUCAAGUCCCGCCAGAACCUCAACCGGGGACAUCAAAACAGAGGCCAACAUUAUUAGAGAAGAUCAACCAAGAUAUCCUGGCACAAACAAUUCCUAAGCCUCUACCACUAGAGGUACGCUCGACGGCUUCAACUCCUAGGCGGCGCUUCAGCAGAAUAAUUCCGUCUGAGAAGAUAAACAAAAGAUUGGCCCGAAAAUUCGCCAGACACGGCCUGGACAGCAGCUCAGAAGAAGAACUACUUAAAUCUCCAGUCUCAGCCUAAAAAAAAAAAUAAACUAUUUUUUUGUUGUUGAUUGGGAAAAAUAAAAAUCCACCAUUUAUUUAACC